GAGAAGAUGAAAUAUGCUCUGCAUUAUAAUAUUACUUGUAUGAAGGAAUUGGAUUGUAUAGAAGCUGAGAAGGCUGAGGCUGAGAGGAUGCAUAUUGCUGCUAAAGUGCAGGCUGUAGUGGCUAAGGAAUCUGCUGUUAUAGCUAAGGAUUCUUCUUUUGAGAGUUUUGAUUGGAGUUCCGUAGAUUUAAGAAACUCUGUAAUAAACUGA